AUGGAUGCUCAGAUGCUUGCUCGUGGGAAUAGGAGCAAGGCUCGGAUCCUCCAGCCCUUUCAGCUGCUCAAUCAGAAGCCUAUCAGACUCCAGAGAAGUGAUGUUCUCUCGAGCCAAGGAAAUGGUAACGGAGACAAUGCUGGCCAUAGUCCCGAAAAGAACAUCACGGCUCAAUACAGUCCUGAUCUUGCCGGGAGGACUAUGGACCUCACUCUUUUCACUUUCACUAGAGCAAUGGAUGUUCUUGUCUGUUUGGCAUGGUCACGCUGGCGAGCUUUGCGGACAAGUCAAAAUCGCUGGUCUUUAGCUGAGUCUGUCGCUCCUGUGCUUGCUGACACAGGACUUUUCGCUGCCAGCUCUGCUGUAGUAAUGUGGGCAUGGUUUUACCUCCCAGAAAGACUUCCUAGAUCCUAUGGGAAGUGGAUUGGCGAGGUGGCAAAAGUGGACAUUCGUCUCAUUGAAGCGCUUCGACGGGCCAGGCGAGGGAUAUUCGUAUAUGGAAAAGAGACUGGCCAGGCACCUCUUCUUGAGUCUAUGUGCGAGGAUUACAACUGGCCUAGAGAGUGGGGAGACCCAAGCAAGACAGUUCCCAUCCCCUGCGAAAUGGUACACAUGGGUUGUGGUCCCAAUUGCGAAAAACAUGCUGCUUGGCGAUUUGCUAGAACAUUCAAAUUCGCUUGUGCAACCUAUAUCCCGCUGCAAAUUGUCUUCCGUCUGCGAUCAAUGAAAACGAUGUCGUCUCUGCGCCGGGCCCUGACCGAUGCCCUGCGGUCAUCUACCUUCCUUGCCUCAUUUGUGAGCAUUUUCUACUAUUCUGUUUGCCUGGCCCGAACGAGGAUUGGUCCAAAGAUCUUUAGCCGGGAAACGGUAACACCACAGGUGUGGGACUCUGGCCUCUGUGUCGGGGCCGGGUGUCUCAUGUGCGGAUGGAGUAUAUUGGUUGAAAGUGCGCGGAAACGACAGGAGAUUGCGCUGUUCGUGGCACCGAGGGCCGCGGCAACUGUGUUACCCCGUUAUUAUGACAAGAAGUAUCAAUCCCGAGAGCGCGUCACUUUUGCUCUCAGCGCUGCCGUUCUUUUCACCUGCCUUCGUGAACGGCCCAGCAUGGUUAGAGGUGUUUUCGGGAAAAUUGCAAAAAGCGUGUUGAAGUGA